AUGCACUUUGCCAUAUUCAUCCAAACACUAAUUGACUUCAUCGACGAAAUUGAUUCCGUGACGCUACAUACCGACGUGGGCGACAUCAAAAUAGAGCUCUUUUGUGAUGCUUGCCCAAAAGCCUCCGAGAAUUUCCUCGCCCUGUGUGCGAGCGACUACUACAGCGGCUGUGUCUUCAUUCGAAAUAUAAAGGGAUUCAUUUUUCAGACCGGCGAUGAACAGGUCUCACCGGCUCCGUUGUUGUUUUUGCAGCACACUGACCGCGGAAUGGUUUCAAUGGCCAACAAUGGGCCGAACGCCAAUGCCAGCCAGUUCUUUAUCACGUACGCCGUCCAGCCGAACCUCGACCUGAAGUACACGCUGUUUGCUCGCGUUAUCGACGGAUUUGAUGCCCUGGAUGAGCUGGAGAAGCUGCCGGUUAACCCCAAGAACUACCGGCCGCACGUAGACAAGAAGAUCAACGGCGUAACCAUACACGUCAACCCCCUGGCGACGUAAGAGACCAUGAGAACAAAGACAAAUCCGUUUGCUUAAAAUGAAACGUAUUUAUAGCUCUUAAGUUACAUGAUAUCUUCACUAACAGACUAAUUGGUUGAGAAACAUACAUAGAAUAUUGUGCAAAAGGGUCUAGGACUAAAUCAGCCGAGUCAAAAUAGUUAAUAUAAAAUUGCAUUGCUUUUAGAACUUUUUCAUAGACUUUUGCACUUAAUAUGGAACUUACAAUAGACAAAUGUAUAAGAUGGAUGUUAAAACGAUCAACUAAAAAAGAGAAAACAAAUGCUAACAAGAAUCUCAUA